UGUUCUGGGGAGACUUGGCUUCGUGUGGCUUGGCAAUCCUACUUGACCCCCCAUGCUGUCAGAGGUUGAGGUGCUCUUUCGUUCCUCCACCCACUCCUCUUGGCGACCCAGGACCAUCGCUACCGCCAUCACAGCACCAUUAACAGCACUACAGUCUUCAGCUCCAUCAAGAAGGACACUUCAUCAUGUCUUACAACGGAAUCGGUCUCAGCACUGCCCGUGGAUCUGGCACCAACGGAUAUAUUGUGCGCAAUCUUGGUCAUUUGAGACACAGAAGGAACGACUUUCAGCAGGUGGAUCCUUACGACGAUGAACCCAAGAUCCGAAAGCCCAACGCAGACCUUGUCUUGCACGAGCAAAAGAGGUCGAUCGAGGUCAAGUGUGCAACCUUGCAGGAUGAACUCGAGGACGAAGGAGUGAAGGAGGAGGAAAUCGACCGGCAAGUGAGUGCACUGAGAGAGCGACUGACGCAGCUUCUGGAAAAGGCUACCACGGCCGCUGCACUCGCAGCCACGAAGGCCGCCGAGAGAGAGGCUGCCCAAAAGGCAGCUGCAGAGGCAAGAGCUGCAGAGAGGAUCGCCGAGAGGACUGAAAGGGAAGCAUCCAGACCAGGACCAGGAUCAGGAAAGGAUAAGGGCUCGAGACGAGGACGAUCUAGAUCCCGAUCUCGUUCGCGGACACCGGUUUCGAAGCGAAGGCGGUAUUCGCGCUCGAGCAGCCGUUCUCGCUCGUCCUCUCGAUCGGUUUCACGGGCUCGUUCUCCCUCCAGCUCACGCUCACGCUCUCCAUCCCGUUCUCGUCCUCGUGCUCGUUCUAUUUCACGGUCGGUUUCUCGUUCACCUUCACCUUCACGUUCGCGAUCGCCGUCCGUUUCAAAGCCAUCGAGAAAACGCAGAGGGCAUUCGAGCUCGAGGUCUCGUUCGCGCUCGCCCGUGAAGAGCCGUCGCCCCCAAAAGGAUAAGGAUUAUCGUCCAAGAGCUAAAUCGGCCUCUCGCUCACCUUCGCGAUCGCGCUCGAGAUCGAGGUCGAAAUCUGGAUCUGAGACACCGGCGUCGCGUCGGUCUAGGUCGAAGUCGUAUUCUCGCUCACCUUCCAGGUCCCGCUCGCCUUGAGGGAUUGCAGGAUGUAGGAUAUUGAUUGCGCUGCAGAUC